UUUUCCCUCCGAUCAAAUAAAAUCCACGCCUGUGAUACUGUGAUAAGAAGAGACCCUGAGCUCCACCAACCCUGUCGCUAAAAUUAUCAAAUCUCCAGCGCUUCAACCUCACUCUUCGAUUUCAAUAACCAUACUCGCAUUCCUUUCCACCACCAACACCUGUUCUGCAAAUUCUUUUCUCCUUCGAUGCGAUCGAGAGCGAGGAAUUGAUGUCCCCCUCCGAUCCUACAGGAUCAAUAUCAGAUAUCUCCGAAUUCGCGGCCUGGGAAGCUCUGCAUCCUUCGCAAUCUCUUGGGGAGAGCGAAAGAGAGGAUAUGGAAAGGACAGAGAGGAGGCGCAUUUGGGGGGAUCGGGAUAGUAGCAACGAUGCUAGGAGUAGUGAUGAGGAGGCACAAGAGAGGGGGAUGGGGCAUCCGUUGAGUUUUGGGACUCGCAUACUCGCAGGAGGGGCGAUGAGAGGGGGGAAAGCAACGGGCUCACCGGGGAGGGAGAUCCCAAGUUCAGAUGUGGAAAGUGAGGAGGAAGACGAUGCCCCGCCUUCGAGUCAACCUCGACCUUCGAGUGCUUCUGCCUCCGAGGACGAACAGGAAGCUGGGCAAGUGGUUGAGGAAUACCGUGUGCCAGGCUUCAAAGCUGGAGAAGUGAUAGAGAUUAGUAGUGACGAGGAGGAAGAGAGUGAGAGUGAGGCUGAAGAACAAGAGGAAUAUGAAGCCGAACAAGACAAUCGAGUUGAAGCUGAAGCUGAAGGGGAGAGGGGAGAGGAGCAAGACAAGAAGAUCGAAGCUGAAUCGGCCGUGGAAGACGAGUUUGAAGGCUUCGACGUCAAUCCAGUGGAGAAGGAGUUCUUCAAUGAAAUGCUGCACAUCGCGCCACCGGAGGCAGUCAUGGAACUCACUGGCAAAACUCGACGAACUUCACCUCAAGCUCUUUCGAAGGUCGCCCCUGAUUCUCAGCAGACAAAGCGUGCCAGGAUUUUUGCAGAAGUCGAGUCGCUCUCGGACAUCGCUCCUGAUGUACAAAGGACCAAGCGUGUGAAGCUAUUUGCAGAGGAUCAUCCCUUCAGGGAGAAGAAGAAGUGGGUCGACGAUGAGCUUCAAGAAUACAAGGAUGAUAUUCACGAGUUUGCUAAAGCUGCUGGCUUCUCGGAUCUACAGGCCGAUGUUGAGGUAGGGAAGGCCGUAGGGGCUUGGAAGAUCGAGAGAGGCAUUACUCUACCUUCCCAGCUCUUGAUGGAAGCCACAACUGACGAGACAAAAUCUGAUAGAGGGGAAUCAGUUCAGGAGUUCAAGAGGCGAAGAAAGGCGGAGAAGAAAGCUCGGCGCAGACUUGCAAGAAUCGAAAAGCAGAGCUCAUGUUCCGCGUCUCUUUCUGUAUCAGAGACCAAAGCCCAGAGCUCGCAAAAUCUUCUCACUCUGGAUGGCCCGAAGCUCCAAACUUCGCAAACUUAUUAUGUCAAGCAACCAAAAGCCGCCUCCACUUCCAAAAACUCUACUCGCGACAAUGUCUCCUUGUCGGCAACGGUUGAGAAGUCAGUUGGUCUCGCCUUAAAGGAGAAGAGAAGAAAUAAGGCCGAGAAGAAGCGCCUCAGGAAGAAGGCCAAAUUGGGACCAAAGAAAUCCGGAUACUUCCCCACUACUCCCAGAGCUGAUCUAGCCCCUUCUCCAAAGUCAACAGAUGUUGAAGCUCCAAUUAUUCAACCGUCUCGUCAGGAGGAGGAGAGGCAAUUGAAGGAGGCAAAGAAGCUGUUGGCAAAGGUAGCAGACGAAGGGCAUGGAGCUCACCUGGACCGAGUCAAGCAAAUGGCUCAAGAGGCUAAACAAGCUGUGGAGAAGGUCCUUCUUUUGGUCAAAGAGGUAUCUGCAAAGGAGCAGGAUCAAAAGGACUUGAGCAAGACGACCGCAGAGCCUGAGCCCGUCGAAAAGAAAAAGAAGAAUAGGAAUCAUAAGAGGCACAGAAACAAGAAUCGCCUUGUGGAUGAACAAUCUGUCAACAAUGUUACCACUGCCAGUGUGGUGGUCGCAGAUGAGGCACUUGACAUGCCGUCGAAGAAGAGAAGUCAUGAUGGAUAUCAGAAGUCGAGCCUUGCCGAAGAUACUGUAAAGGUGCAUAUGCCCGGUUUGGCUUCUACCAAGACAUCAGCCGUGAAGCAUGAAGACAACAGCCAAAAAAGCUUCUCCCAGUCUGCUCCGGAUGCUGGAGGUGGCACUGGCCGACCGAAUAAACGCCGUGACCGUGGACGAGGACGAAAACCCAAGACCAAAAAUGGGGACUCGGAAAUGCGCGAUGCUGGCGAGCCCGCCAUUGCUGAAGCUCCUAUGCCUGCUUCCGAUUAUCUCUUGGAGUCUAUUGAGACAAUUGAGCCUUCCUCCCAGAAGAAGCGCAAGCGGAGCAAAGCUAAGGCUGGAGAGGGGAACAUCGAUUCAGCAGACGUUGGCGAAGCAGCUGCAGUUGAGCCUCUAACUGAGCUUCCUGAUACUAAUGUCAAGCUGGGAGGGAGAAUUCGUUGUUCCGAGAAGAGAGCCACGAGUGCAGAUGCGAUGGAGGUCAGCGUUCGUCCAUCAAAUCAGUCGUCAAAAGUCCACCACUCGCAGUAGGCCAGGACUUUGCGAGUGGUAGUGAGCUCCUGGAUGUCGACACGAGUGCUCAGUACACCGAGAUGAUUCUUGAUACCGGAGAUGGUGGGGAAGCAGAUGCUCUAGCUAGGAUGGAAGACUCU